UCUGGACAGGCGAGUGCGUCUGGACGUCAAUGUUUAUGUACCCCUCCGUCUAUCCGCGUACGAACCGCACCAACAAGCUCGCUGCGAUGUGAUUUUCUGGCAUUUAUCAGUUUUACUGUUUUAAGUCUGUUAUCUUCGUCGUGUUCCGCACCAGCCUCAGACAUGGGGCGCCACUAGCGGCUGAAAGACGGAGGAAAACGAGGAAAACGCCGGAAUGGCAGGCGCCUUUGGGUUCAAAGGCUGCCAGAAAAUUCGCGGUCCUCAAAUUAGAGGUCUGCUCGAAGCGAAGGACUUCUUCCUCUUCGACUGUGAUGGGGUCAUUUGGCACGGAGAAAACGCAAUCAGCGGAGCGGCGACAGUGGUGAACUCCCUGAUCCGCCACGGUAAAAACGUAGUGUUCGUCACCAACAACUGCACCAGGCCGCGGGAGAAUUACGUGCACAAGUUCUCCCGCCUGGGCUUCACCGACGUGAUGCUGGAGCAGAUCUUCAGCUCGUCGUACUGCUCGGCUCUCUACCUGAGAGACGUCGUCAAGGUCCGCGGCCAGGUGUUCGUCAUGGGCUGCGAGGCGCUCCGUGGAGAGCUGCUGGAGGCGGGCAUCCCCUGCGUGGAGGAGGCGGACGAUCCUGACGCCACCAUCUACAACUGCAGCCUGGCUCCGGACGUGAAGGCGGUGCUGGUGGGACACGAUGACAAACUGACUUUUCUCAAACUGGCCAAAGCGUCCUGCUACCUGAGGGACCCGGAGUGUCUGUUUCUGGCCACCGAUAACGACCCCUGGCACCCGCUGUCGGGCGGGAGGAUCCUCCCAGGCUCGGGGUCCCUGACUGCGGCCCUAGAGGUGGCCUCGGGUCGCAAAGCCACGGUGAUCGGUAAGCCGAGCCGCUUCAUGUUUGAGUGCAUCUCCAGCCAGUUCAGAGGCGUGGAUCCCGCCCAGUGCCUGAUGGUCGGGGACCGACUGGAGACUGAUAUGCUGUUCGGGUCCAACUGUGGCCUGGACACCAUGCUCACGCUUACCGGCGUGUCUCAGAUGGAGGAGGCCCAGGAGUACAGGAAUAGUGACCUGACCACCAACCACAGCUUUGUUCCUGACUAUGUGGUGGACACCAUCGCCGACUUCCUUCCAGCUUUUGAGGAACUGGAAGAACAAACCGAUUGAUGUGUUUUUUUUUUUGCUGCGGAGCAACAAAGUGCUUGUGAAAAGUCUGGCAUUCGCACAAAACGUCCUAAUCAAGGAUUACAAUUAUGAUUAAUUAAGACACCGUUUAUGUUGUGACCAAGCACACGUAGGACCGAGUCAUCCGUGUUCCUUCUAGUGUUGUGACCAUUUGUGACUUGUUGGUGUUUAUGGAAUGUACUGCGUUUAGUCACGAAGGCCAGAGCUAGUACCUGAUCUUAGGCUUUUGAAAAUCUUAAAAGUAUUUUUGUAAAGCCAUGAAUCGUUCUGAAUUCAUGCGUUUAGGUGCCGUUUUGUUUAUUUUUGCCAAAAAGGCUUAAAUAUGCAGAAGUAACUUAUUCAGUGUUGUGCCGGAGUCACUUCUAGGCAAUAAAAAAAAAAAGUGCAGCAGCUUUUUUUCAGCUCUGGUCCAGACUGAGCACGCUGGUCAGAUGGGUGACCUUUGACCUUGUCAUGUCUGAACUACCUGUGCUAUUAUCCAACUACUAAACAGCUCCCUGGAGUUCAUAUUUAGAGAAAGUGUUAAUGGUGGCCGGUGUUUCUGCACACUGCUGUGAAGUUUUAAUGUUGUGAAUGUUUUCCCUUUUAAAGCAUGCCAGCAACGGUAUCAAUAAAUACCUGCAACGUCAGCUAA